GUUCCCGACUGCUCCGGACUGAGGCUGCCGGGUGAGGCUCCCCAGGUUGCUCUGUCCACCGAUUCAUGAUUUUCUGCCGUUUCUUGGCAAAAAUGGCAACUAAUGGUGCUGUUCUGAAGAGACUGGAACAGAAGGGUGCAGAAGCAGAUCAAAUUAUUGACUAUUUAAAGCAGCAAGUUGCUCUUCUUAAGGAGAAAGCAAUUUUGCAGGCAACUUUGAGAGAAGAGAAGAAACUUCGAGUUGAAAAUGCUAAAUUAAAGAAAGAAAUUGAAGAAUUGAAACAAGAGCUAAUUCAGGCAGAAAUUCAAAAUGGAGUGAAACAAAUACCAUUUCCAUCUGGUACUGUGCUGCAAGCUAAUUCCACAGUUUCUGAAAAUGUGAUACAGUCUAGACCAAUAACAACUAUAACUUCUGGUGCCAAAGAACAGAUAGGAGGAGGAGCGGAAGAAAAGAAGAUGAAAGAGAAAAUUGAAGUGAAAGGAGAGAAAAAGGAGAAAAAACAGCAGUCAGUAGCAGGGAGCACUGACUCUAAGCCAGUAGAUGUUUCUCGUCUGGAUCUUCGAGUUGGUUGUAUCAUCACGGCCAGAAAACACCCUGAUGCAGAUUCUUUAUAUGUGGAAGAAGUAGAUGUUGGAGAAACAGCCUCAAGAACAGUUGUCAGUGGCCUGGUGAAUCAUGUUCCUCUUGAACAGAUGCAAAAUCGGAUGGUGAUUUUACUUUGUAACCUGAAACCUGCAAAGAUGAGGGGAGUAAUAUCUCAAGCAAUGGUAAUGUGUGCUAGUUCACCUGAGAAGGUUGAAAUCUUGGCACCUCCUAAUGGGUCUGUUCCUGGAGACAGAAUUGUUUUUGAUGCUUUUCCUGGAGAACCUGACAAGGAGCUGAAUCCUAAGAAGAAGAUUUGGGAGCAGAUCCAGCCUGAUCUCUUUACUAAUGAUGAGUGUGUAGCUACAUACAAAGGAGCUCCCUUUGAGGUGAAAGGGAAGGGAGUGUGUAGGGCUCAAACUAUGACCAACAGUGGAAUAAAAUAAAAUACUUCAUUUACUGAACUACAUUUGAGAAAACUUCAAUAACAAUAAAAAGAAAUAUAUUUGUCACUUGUACCUAAAAUA